AUGUACUGCUCUGAUGAUAGGGAUAUUUGUCAACAUUUAUAUGGUGGAAUUGAAAAAUAUUUAGAAACUUGUGAUCAUUAUUUAUUACAUAAUAAUCUAAAAAUGCAAAUGAUAUGCAUUUAUAUAGUAGAUUCAAUUGCUUUAAAUAGAAGAGUGGAUCAUAGAAUAGCUAAAGAAAUAAAAGCCAAAUUAUUAAUUCCAUUUAAUGGUGCAUCAGAAGAAGUAAUUAGUAAAACAUUAGCAAAAGACUUAAUAGAGGAAUAUACUGAUGAAAUGAACAAGAAUAAUGAGUUUUUAUUUGAAAAUGAAAGAAUUUCAAAAGUAUUUUGUGAUACUCUAGCUUGGACUGAUAAUAAUGAUACUAGUAGUAUUAGCAGUAUAGAUUCUAAAGACUCUGAAGUAAGGAUUUUAGAUAAUAAUUAA